AGGUAACAUUGCCUUUUAUUUUUUCCUAUACCAUCAAGCAUACUAUCAUUGAUUCUUCAUGUUCCUAAACUUAAGUGUUUUGGAAGAAAUUUGAUUCUUCAUUGAUUCUUUAUAUUUAGGCUAUCUCUGCUAAGAAUACUGAAAAUAGGUUAAAACAAACAUGUCCUCACCGAAUGGGAUCAACAAAUUUUGGAAUAGUGCGUAAGCAGCUGCGUGACUCUAAAGAGAACAGUGAAGAACCAUCAAGGGCUGAAGUUUUCAUAGCAACUCGUACAAGUAAAAAAGGAAAAGAAAUUGAUGCUAAAACACAAGCCACAAUUACUGAACUUCAGAACCGCUUAGAAGCAGGAGAAAAUGAAGAGGAUGCAUUUGUAGGAGUGUUAGGAAAGGACCAACCAGGUCGACUUCGUUGUUAUGGGGCUUCGAUUACAAGAAGCUCUCUUAAAAAAGAUGAGGAGAUUCGCCACAUAAAAGUUGAAUAUGACAAUUUUAUGAAAGUUGGAUUACUUGAUAAUUGGUUAUUGACUAAAUUAUAA